AUGUAUGGCUGGCUCGACCGAGCGCGGCUCUUCAAUAUAACCCAAAAUCUGAAUGAGUUGAAGCAAGGGAACCUCUCGGUUACCGCUUGCUUCAACCGUCUCUCAUCCCUGUGGAAUGAACUCAAAUUAGCAGAAGAAUGGUUAGAGGGACCCGAAAGCACCCUAAGACAGUAUAAAGAAAUUAGGGAGAGAGAAAAAGCUACAAGAUUUCUACUCAUCCUCAACGAGUCUUACUCGACGUUUCGGUCUCAAAUUCUUGCCAUGGAACCUCCACCGUCUCUCGGCCGAAUAUAUCAGUUAGCCGUCCAAGAAGAAAAUCAGCGAGUUGGCUCCGCUGGACACGCUCGAAUAGGAGAGAGUCUGAGUCUUGCCGCCUUUCCGACUGGUGGUGGCUCCGGGAAGAUGGUGGUCGGCAACGAUGGAGCCACGAUCGGAAGAGGCGGAAUCCUCGAAGCAUCUGGUCGAGUUGCUGCUACGGCAAGAAAGAAUGAAGGGAACCCUAGCUAUUUUGGUAUGGACGGACAGGAUCACAACAGGAGAUCAGACGGCUGGAAUUUGCUUGAAAAAUCGAGCGGCUGGGAUCUACGCGGGGAAUCGGACGGCUCUUGA